GUAGAAACGAGAAUGUUUGAUCACGUGACCAUGUAAAUAUUGCAGAUGGAAUGAACAGUUUUAUUUCAGUAGGCCUUUAAUUUCCUGAAGUGACAACAAAGAUGAUCAAAUGACAGGGACUGAAUUUGAGGGGUGACGAUGAUAAAGCAAGUUGGGUUAUUGCCUGCGGGCUGUCAGCCCUGGAAUAACAGUGUGUGUGCCGCAAGUGGGGACAGGUUUGCAUAUUGCUCUACACUGGCUAUAUAUGUGUACGAGCUAGACAAAAAGUACAACCAGUUCCGUUUACUCUCCAUACUCUCUGAACAUAAGAAAACUAUAACAGCAAUUGCAUGGAAUCCUAGAAAUCCGGACAUUUUUGUCAGCGCAAGUCAUGAAAGCAAACUUAUCGUAUGGGAUAUAAGUAAAGAAAGACCUAUAGCAAUUUAUGAAAAUACCAAAGGAAUACCAACAGAUAUAGACUGGUGUUUGCUGCAUGGAGAAUCUGUCUCUUAUAUCAAUGGAAAAGGGCCGUUAUUUUUAUGGUCGUACAAAGGGGCAGAUUUGUCUGUCUCGUCCGUAAAGGAAACUGGUGGAUUUUCAUCCGAGGUGACGUGUUUCAAAUGGCAUCAGAAGAAAACCGAAAAAGUGGCUUUUGGUCAUAAGGAUGGAACAUUGUCUUUUUGCUACUUAGGUUUAAAAUGUCAUCGUAAUGUACUGAAGCCAGAGCUUGAUGAGGAUGAUGAUGACAACAUGAAUGACUCAGUGGUAGCGCUGGAAUGGGACCUUCUGUCUGUAGACUACAUACUGGUGUGUAACUCCCAGACUGGCAUACGCCUGGUGGACUCAACUUCCUUGUCCAUGAUUAUGACCUUUCAGUUACCUAGUGCUGCUACCUCAGUGAAGACAUUAUCUUGGAUCUCUUCAGCUCCCGGAAUGUUCAUUACUGGUGAUGCAAUGAGUGGAAAUCUUCGAGUAUGGAAUGUCUCGAAAUCAACACCAGUAGAAAAUAUAAGAGUGAAAAAGACGGGCUUCCAUGCUUUACAAGUUAUCUGUGAUAAUAAUAGACAAAAAUUGACAAAAUACUCAGAGAAAAGCACCAACCUAAAUCAGAAAUCUUCCACUAGUUUGGCACAAAAUCCUUCAGUGGUAAAUUCUGCAAACUUUGCAUUGCCUCCUGCAAGAGUUGUAUGUACAUUCCUGGAUGGUGGGGUUGGGCUUUAUGAUCUUGGUCGAAGAAAAUGGGACUUCCUCAGAGAACAGGGUCAUAUAGAGACAAUAUUUGACUGCAAGUUUUGUCCUCAUGACAGCAAUAUAUUGGCAACUGGUAGUUUUGAUGGUACAAUCAAAUUAUGGGAUACCACAACCUUUACUUGUGUUAAUACAUCUCCUGGUAAUGAGGGUAUUAUAUACACAAUAUCCUGGGCUCCUUCAGACCUUAACUGUAUUGUGGCGGGGACAUCUAAGAACGGUAUAUUUAUAUGGGACAUCGGGAAAGGCAGAAUUGUCAAGAGAUUUUCAGAGCAUGGACGGAAUGCUGUGUUCACUGUAAUGUGGAAUCAGAAAGACUCCAGAAGGAUCAUGUCAACGGGGGCUGAUGGCUAUUGUAUAAUAAGACAAGUAGAUGGGGAGAUAAUACAGAAAUACCGACAUCCUGCGGCCAUUUACGGGUGUGAUUGGAGUCCACAUAAUAAGGAUAUGUUAGCAACUGGAUGUGAAGACAAGAGUGUUAGAGUGUUUUAUACUGCUACAAGUUCUGAACAUCCUCUCAAAGUAUUUACUGGGCACACAGCAAAAGUGUUUCAUGUGAAGUGGUCUCCCCUGAAAGAAAAUCUUCUCUGCAGUGGAUCAGAUGAUGGCACUAUCAGAGUGUGGGACUAUUCACAAGAUGCAUGUAUAUGUACUUUGUCUGGCCACAAGGGGCCAGUAAGGGGCCUACUUUGGAACUCGGAGAUCCCUUAUCUGGUUAUCUCUGGAAGUUGGGACGCCAGUAUAAGAAUGUGGGAUAUCAGGGAAGAAGGAAAAUGCAUACAGGCGAUAGCAGACCAUGGAGCUGAUGUGUAUGGAUUAACAUGCCAUCCUGCUCGACCAUUCAUCCUGGCUUCCAGCUCUAGAGACUCUACAGUGCGACUCUGGUCCCUGGCUUCCCUGGCACAGCCAAUAGAGAUCAACAUACUGGCUGGGAAACCUUGGACACAGAUAUUGGGUACCAUAGAGAGUGUGAUGACACCAAAACAAGAGCCAUUGUUAACAGGUCGAGUUUCUAGAGAGUUAAAGGUGGAGGCUGAAGAGUUUCCUAAUGAUGCAAGAAAUAGAGUAGUCAAGUUCUUCUCAAAGUUCUUCAGGGCUCCUGCUGGAACCCAGAAUCUAUGGGAGCUAGUGUCUGUGGUGAAAGGUCUUGAUGACACUCUACUGUCACCAAACUACAAGAAGGGCAUUCUCCAUGUGAAACAUCUCAUUAGACAUAACUCUUCAGAAGCUCAGCAGCUAGAGAUGGCAAAGUUAACAAAGUUUGGUGGUGGCAUAGGGGCUCGAUCGAAGGAGGACCGGCUGAGAGAUGCUGCAGAGAUACACCUGAAGACAGGUAACAUCCAGAGAUACUGUGAGUUGAUGGUGGAGCUUGGAGAGUGGGAGAGGGCGCUUGCAGUGGCUCCAGGGGUUUCAUACACCUACUGGAAAAAUCUGGCUAACAGAUAUUCCAAGUAUUUGAUGCAAGAGGACAAGGAUUCAGCAGCAGUGUACUGCACAGCGGUAGGAAACACAGAAAUGUUGGUGGAUUUUUAUGCGUCUCGAGGUCAGAUGUCUGACGCGGUUCUCACGGCCCAGGUGGCUUGUGAGGGGCUUGCACCAGGCAGAGGUGAUAUGAGUAAUGAGAAGGGACUGUGCAAUGGAUGGGAGGAGCCAUCAGAACAACAUAAACAGUUGUUGCAACAGACAGUAGAAGAUUGGGCAGCAUGGCACUCACUGCAUGGAUCACCAGUUCUUGCUGCAUGCUGUUUUCUAGCUGUUGAUAACCCACAGAAAGCUAUGGGCAGAUUGAUACAGGGUAAUGAGUUGGAGCUGGCUGUUGCCAUGGGAACUGUACUUGGUAACCUUCAACAAUAUACAUCUGUUGCCUUAGAGAUGUUGUCAAGGAGAUGUGAAAGACUAGGAAAAUGGGAGUUAGCGAUUGAUCUGUUACAUCAGAUACCAGAUAACCGAAUAUUGUUGGCCAAAUGUUGUUCAAGAUGUGCCCUGUCUAAUGAUGAAAUUAAUGGUCUUCAUAAAAGGGCUCAUCUGCCACCUAUAGUUGAAUGUUUUCAUGAGGCAGAGAAACUGAAAAGGAGAAAUGAUACAUUUGAAUGUGCAGUGUUCUAUCUCCUCUCAGCUUCACCAGAAUUAGGUUUAGAACUGGGAAUGGACUAUGUUAAAAAUAUGUUGAAGAGUUCUGAUUGGACAGUUGAUGAUGUGUUCUUCAUGUUACAACUGAUUGGAUGUGUACGAACAGAUGUUUUGCAAGUAAAUAGAAAGAGGGGAGAAUUGUUGGCAGUGAGUGCCUAUAUUGGGGCUCUAGUUGCCAUUCGACGAGGAUAUUACAGUAUUGUCCACCCUCUCUUCCAACAUGCAAGGCAACUUCUUCAGACAGACAGUUAUAUAGAUUUUGGAGUUUCAGAAUCUGCAAUACAGUCACAAUAUACAGCAUGGAAUGUUGUCCAUACCUCACAGCCAGAGGAACCAGUCAAUGUAGAAAUCAUACCUGCAGAAUAUAAACCAGCCUAUGUAAAAUUACAGCAAAGACUGGGAGAGGAACCCAAUAAGAUUUUAGUUGGUACAGACUGUGUCUCUAACACACAUCUUCCAUCACAUUCAGAUAUACAUCUGUCCUGCCUUACUGGAGAGAGAAUACAGGGUCUGGCCUAUUUCCUGGAAGAUGGCAAGUCAGCUGUGUCUGCCAAUGAGGCCCUAAUGUGGGCCAAGGUCAACCCAUUCUCACCUCUUGCUACAGGUUACAGAAUUAACCCAUUCUGAAAACAUGAUAUGGAGCAACAUCUACAUAAGAUCAUUAAGACAAUGUUAGAUCAGUGUUCUAAUACAAGCUUCUCCGCCUGACUUCUAUAACUAAGCAAUGCAGACUGGUACAAGUUGCUGAUACUGAUUACUCUGAUGGUGGAAUACAGGAUCCACUUGAUAUGAUGAUACGGCAGACUUUUUAGAACAUACUCAAAACCACAAUGUGUACUUGUAUUUUAGACACAGUUUUGGAACUGAUCACUGUCAGGGUUGCAUUUUUGAAACUCUAGAAAAUGCAGUCUAGCCAUUGGUUAACACCAUAUGUUAAGAGUUUUAGACUGGUCUUGAAACUUAGCUGAAUAUGCUUGGAGCCAGUGUCUGAGAGUAUGAAAAUAAUAUAAACCAGUCAGGAAAUGUAAACUUGCCAUUAGCUUGUUUCAGGAAUGUUCUCAGCAUCAUGAAAUAAGUUGUGAGAUUGAAAUGAAGUACAGUUAAAAAAUUGUGCCCAUAUUAAGGUAUAUGUUGAUAUGUGGUAUACAUAAAUCAAACCAGACUUAUAAGCAAAUCUGGGUUACCUUUUUUUAAAAGUUUUAUAUAUUGUUGAAGUACCUGGUAUUGCAUACCAACUUUGUGUUACUUCUUUAAUACAUUAGUAAAUUUUGAUAGUGGAGUAUUCAGACAAUAUUGGAAAGGACAAACAAUAGAUAAUUAUGAUAAAAGUUCAUGCCAGUCUUUACCUUUGUAGGAGAUAUAUUGUUUACCAAAUUAUCAAAUUUCCUUGCAACAUUUGUCAGUAAUUUAUUUAUACAAAUGCAAAACUUGUUAAAAGCUAGAUCCUCUGUUAUGAUAUUUUUGCUGUUAAACUAACAAACAUAUUGCUGUGGCAACUUUGGCCAAAUUUCUCUCAGUGCGAAGAAACUUCAGCCAAAUUUCUGUCACUUCAAUGAAACUUCAGCCAAUGAAAUACAUUUUUUUUACAAGGAAAAAAUUUAUGAGUACAUGAGAUAAAAAAAUAAAGUGAUUUUCAUAUGGUGUUGGAACUUGGUUUUGAUGAUUUAAGCCUCUCUUUGAUAGCUUGUUUGACUUUAUGAUGAGAAAACGAAAUUUGGUCUGUGGCAGUAUUCCUCACUUGUAGUAUUUGCAGCCUGAUUUUACUCAAAAUUUGAAUUUAAACAAUAUUUGUGAAGUACUGGUAUUUGCUGUAAAACAAAAUAAUUUUAGUAAGUAAGUAAGUAACAACUUUAUUUCUAGAGGCUACACAUUGGGUUCCCCCAUCUACCAUGUUGGCCUCAUUUUGUUGACUGCAUGUAAAACGAAAUUAAAUUGUUUAAAUCGAAUUGGAUGAAUGUUGCUCAGUUAAGGCCAUAUUGCUAUUUGUUCAUUUUAUUUGGUUCUGAAUAUAUGAUGGAUAUUACACAAGUAGUGUCUUUUCAUACUGAAUUUAUUUUUGUUUAAUAAAUGCAAUGCGGAAAGACUUAAAUGUGAUAUUCUUUUUAACAGGUUAGCUUUUCCUGUUGAAACAUCAAAUAUCUUUCUUUCUUUAUCUGUUAUAGACCAAGUCAAUUUGACCAAUGUCUCCUAUACUGAAAUAAACAUCAAUGUGAAGGUUUAUUACUGGAGUGUAAUAUAAAAAUUAUGUAAUGGCUGUGUCAUGCACAUAGCAUCUAAAAUGUGAAAAAAAAUCUUUACUGUUCUAUGCAAAAAAAAUUUUUUUGUUGUUUUUAUACUUAUUAGCUAAUGUAUUGUAGAUGUGUGUUUUAGUUUGAAUUUUGUUUAAAUUUACAGAAAAAGACAAUUACACAAUACUCAAUUUGAGGAGAUUAUUCAAAAUCUUGUUUCCAUUAGUAUUAGUUUUUACCUUGCUAAAUUUCUAUAAUGAACUUGUCCAUCUUCCAAUUUGGACAGUACCAUUAACUGUUAAAAUGGGUGCUUACCAAAAAGAUACUGGCUGAAUAGCGAACAGUGCAGAUCAUGAUCAGACUGCAUGGAUGUGCAGGCUGGUCAUGAUCUACACAGGUCGCAAAGGCAGAAUCAAUCUUGUCCAGCGUGGUGAAGGUUAAUAGCAUUGGAUGCUGAGUUGAUGGUAUGUUUUAAUGGUCACAGAGCAUGAUUAUACAUUAAUUAUAUGGCUGUUAUUAUGUAGGUUACAUAAUAGGUGAUAUAUCACAAGAUGUUUGACCAGUGUACACAUAUUGGUGUCAGAUAAUAUUACAUUGGAAAACACAUAGAAAAGUCUAAAAUGUUCAUAUUUGAUCAACAUUAUCGUACAUUUUCAAUUAAUCACAUGCAUUUAUGGUUACCCUUUGGUAAAUUGACUUAUUUGAAAUUAGUAUUUUUCUUUGCUAGGUAUCCUGUUGUUAAAUUAUCUCAGUUGUAGUCGUUCAUUACUUUUACUUAUUUGUUUUUAGCUCACCUGUCACAAAGUGACAAGGUGAGCUUUUGUGAUCGUGCAGCGUCCGUCGUCCGUCCGUGCGUAAACUUUUGCUUGUGACCACUCUAGAGGUCACAUUUUUCAUGGGGUCUUUAUGAAAAUUGGUCAGAAUGUUCAUCUUGAUGAUAUCUAGGUCAGGUUUGAAACUGGGUCACGUGCGGUCAAAAUCUAGGUCAGUAGGUCUAAAAAUAGAAAAACCUUGUGACCUCUCUAGAGGCCAUAUAUUUCAAAAGAUCUUCAAGAAAAUUGGUCAGAAUGUUCACCUUGAUGAUAUCUAGGUCAAAUUUGAAACUGGGUCACAUGCCUUCAAAAACUAGGUCAGUAGGUCAAAUAAUAGAAAAACCUUGUGACCUCUCUAAAGGCCAUAUUUUUCAUGGGAUCUGUAUGAAAGUUGGUCUGAAUGUUCAUCUUGAUGAUAUCUAGGUCAAGUUUGAAACUGGGUCACGUGCGGUCAAAAACUAGGUCAGUAGGUGUAGAAAUAGAAAAACCUUGUGACCUCUCUAGAGGCCAUAUUUUUCAUGGGAUGUGUAUGAAAGUUGGUCUGAAUGUUUAUCUUGAUGAUAUAUAGAUCAAGUUUGAAACUGGGUCAACUGCGAUCAAAAACUAGGUCAGUAGGUCUUAAAAUAGAAAAACCUUGUGACCUCUCUAGAGGCCAUACCCUUGAAUGGAUCUUCAUGAAAAUUGGUCAGAAUGUUCACCUUGAUGAUAUCUAGGUCAAGUUUGAAACUGGGUCACGUGCCAUCAAAAACUAGGUCAGUAGGUCAAGUAAUAAAAAAACCUUGUGACCUCUCUAGAGGCCAUACUUUUCAUUGGAUCUGUAUGAAAGUUGGUCUGAAUGUUCAUCUUGAUGAUAUCUAGGUCAGGUUUGAAACUGGGUCAACUGCGUUCAAAAACUAGGUCAGUAGUCUAAAAUUAGAAAAAUCUUUUGACCUCUCUAGAGGCCAUAUUUUUCAAUGGAUCUUCAUGAAAAUUAGUCUGAAUGUUCACCUUGAUGAUAUCUAGGUCAGUUUUGAAACUGGGUCAUGUGCGAUCAAAAACUAGGCCAGUAGGUAUAAAUAGAAAAACCUUGUGACCUCUUUAGAGGCCAUAUUUUUCAUGAGAUCUUCAUGAAAAUUAGUGAGAAUGUUCACCUUGAUGAUAUCUUGGUCAAAUUCAAAACAGGGUCACGUACCUUCGAAAACUAGGUCAAUAGGUCAAAUAAUAGAAAAACCUUGUGACCUCGCUAGAGGCCAUAUUUUUCAAUGGAUCUUCAUGAAAAUUGGUUAGAAUUUUUAUCUUGAUGAUAUCUAGGUCAAAUUCAAAACUGGGUCACAUGAGCUCAAAAACUAGGUCACUAUGUCAAAUAAUAGAAAAAACGACGUCAUACUCAAAACUGGAUCAUGUUGGAACAGGUGAGCGAUUCAGGACCAUCAUGGUCCUCUUGUUUUUGUUUUGUUAUGUUUACAUUCUUGGAAUUAUAUUUCAACAUUUAUACCUUUUUAUGCCCCCGAAGGGAGGCAUAUAGUUUUUGAACCAUCUGUCCGUCUGUCGGUCCGUCGGUCUGUCAGUCUGUCCGCAAUUUUGGUGUCCGGUCCAUAUCUUUGUCAUCGAUGGAUGGAUUUUCAAAUAACUUGGCAUGAAUGUGUACCACAGUAAGACGACGUGUCGCGCGCAAGACCCAGGUCCGUAGCUCAAAGGUCAAGGUCACACUUAGACAUUAAAGGAUAGUGCAUUGAUGGGCGUGUCCGGUCCAUAUCUUUGUCAUUGAUGGAUGGAUUUUCAAAUAACUUGGCAUGAAUGUGUACCACAAUAAGACGACGUGUCGCUCGCAAGACCCAGGUCCGUAGCUCAAAGGUCAAGGUCACACUUAGACGUUAAAGAAUAGUGCAUUGAUGGGCGUGUCCGGUCCAUAUCUUUGUCAUCCAUGGAUGGAUUUUCAAAUAACUUGGCAUGAAUGUGUACCACAGUAAGAUGACGUGUCGUGCGCAAGACCCAGGUCCGUAGCUCAAAGGUCAAGGUCACACUUAGACGUUAAAGGUCAUUUUUCAUGAUAGUGCAUUGAUGGGUGUGUCCGGUCCAUAUCUUUGUCAUUCAUGCAUGGAUUUUAAAAUAACUAUGCAUGAAUGUGUGACACAGUAAGACGACGUGUCGCGCGCAAGACCCAGCUCCGUAGGUCAAAGGUCCUAAACUCUAACAUCGGCCAUAACUAUUCAUUCAAAGUGCCAUCGGGGGCAUGUGUCAUCCUAUGGAGACAGCUCUGUUUAACAUUUAGCUGAUAUGCAUCAUAUCAUAUUUUAUGUUUUAAAAAUGAAUUGCCGGUAUAUAUACUACAUACACUCAUUUCAUGAAGUUGUUCAGUGUUCACAUGUAAUUUGGAGUGCUUUACAUAUCAACUUGAUACUAAGUUAAGCAUUCAAAUCACUACUGUUUGUCCUGGGUGGAGGACCAGAUCUUAACCGUGAUUACAUUGUGAUAAAGAUUGAUGUUCCUUGAAUAGAAGAACAUUUUGAGCACUUUAUAUUGUAUUCAUGAGAUAAAUGGAUUGCUUGAGAUAACAUGUCAAGUGCUUAAGAUACUGUGAAAUCAUCUUAUUUUGUGGGUGGGAAAUUUCGUGGUUUUGAUCAAAAAGGCUGUUUCGUGGGAAUAAGAAUUUGUUGAUCAUAAAAUGAAUGAUUAUUUUACUCGUUUGUUGGGAUUCAGUUUUGCUGAUUGACUCAAAGAUGAAAACCAUGAAAAUUAGUGUCCUGCAAAUUUUAAUGGUUUCGCAGUUACAUGUCAAGUGCUCGAGAUAGCAUGUCAAAAUAACAUACUUAGUGCCCGAGAUAACGUGCACUCGUGAGAACAUAUCCAAUGUGAUAUUAUGUUAUCCAUUUGAGAUAUAAAAUCUAGUAACAAAGUUAAUUUCAAACAAACAUUUAUAUUUUUGUUAUAUUUGAUAGUCUGUGAUAUAUUUAUUUUACGUGGGUAAUGAUUUUUAUUUAUUUAGACAUAAAAAUGUAUUAAUAUUUUACGUUUAAUUAAUGGUAUUUUCUUAAUGGUCACAGAUCAUGAUUAUAUGUUAAUUAUAUGGUUGCUAUGUAGGUAGAGAUAUAUCACAAGAUGUUUGACCAGUGUUAUAGUGACACAUUUUCAGGGAGGGCUUAGGUGGGUGGAUGGGCAUUAUUUCAGCCACUUGUUGCAUAGUGUAUGUUUUACUUUAUCUGUGCAUUAUAGCCAGACAAUUUGAAGAAUAUUCUUUUAUGUGAAAAAUAGUGUGAGUUACUCACAAUAGAAUGUACUGGUGUUGGCCUCACUGGGAUAACAACUACAUAUAUUGGAUUUAAACUUUACCACAGGCAUCCUUCUCAUCAAGUGUACUUACAUAACCAAGUUAGUGAGCUUUAAGUUGUAAUUAAUUCAAAUAAUGGCCUUCUCUUGAUGAACGAAAGUUUGUUUGAAAUUUUGCAUAAAAGUAAUUGCAACAUAAAAAGAUUUUAAAUAGUAAAAUAAUGAAGUAAGUCAAUUAUGCCAAUCUUUUCUGAAUAUAAGUUGUGGUCCUUUUUCAGCGUAGAAAAUAUUGAAUAGUUUCUGUUGUAUAGUUUUUGUUUGAGGGAACCAUGUUCUUUUUCUUAUUGCCAUUGCAAUUGGAACUUCGUUUUUGUUUUUGAGAAUACUCAGAUUUAGCACCAAGACAAACGUCACAUUUUGCUUUUUGCGUAAAGAGACUUAUUACCAGUUUUAAUAUCUUUAUAGGGAAUCAAGCUUGGUUUAGAUCUACAACCUUCAUUUGCUACCCCAUUGCUCUGCUUUCUACAUUUUGAAGUGUCUACACAUCAAGUCACUUAACAUCUGGCUGUGUAGCCUAUCUUGUAGGCAUUGUUGGAGUGUAUGUUUUUGUUUUAAGUUUCUGAUAAAGAAAAAUUGACAUUGUUUUAUAUUUUGUUCUGUUAUUUCUUAUAUAUUUUGAGCUCACCUGAGCCAAAGGCUCAUGGUGAGCUUUUGCGACUGCUCAAUGUCCGUCGUGUGUCCGUCAACAUUUUCUAAAAAAAUCUUCUUCUUGAAAACCACUGGGCAGAAUUACACUUAACUUCACAGGAAUGAUCCUUGGGUGGCCCCCUUUCAAAAUUGUUCAAAGAAAUAAAUUCCAUGCAUAACUCUAGUCGCUGUGGCAACCAAAAGGAAAAACUUUAAAAAUCUUCUUGUCCAAAACCACAAGGCUUAGAGCCGUGAUAUUUGGCAUGUGACAUUAUCUAAUGGUCCUCUAAGAAGAUUGUUCAAAUUGUGCCCCUGGGAUGAAAAGAGGCCCCGCCCCGUGGGGUCCCAAGUUUACAUAGACUUGUAUAGGAAAAAACUUUGAAAAUCUUCUUGCCUGAAACCGCAAGACCUAAGCCUUUGGUAUUUGGUAUGAAGCAUUGCCUUGUGGUCCUCUACCAAGAUUGUUCAAAUUAUGCCCCUGUGGUGAAUAGAGGCCCUGCCUCGGGGGUCUCCAGUUUUGCAUAAACUUAUAUUGGAAAAAACUUUAAAAAUCUUCUUGCCUGAAACUGCAAGGCCUAGGCUUUUGAUAUUUGGUAUCUUUAAUUGCCUUGUGGUCCUAUACCAAAAUUGUUCAAAUUAUGCCCCUGGGGUGAAAAGAGGUCCUGCCCUGGGGGUCCCAAAUUUAACAUAGUAUAGGGAAAAAAAUCUUCUUUUCUGAAUGUUUAAGGCCUAGGCCUUUGAUAUUUGGUAUGUAGCAUUGCCUAGUGGAUCUCUGACAAGAUUGUCCGAAUUAUGCUCCUGUGGUGAAAAGAGGCCCCGCCCUGGGGGUUACUUGUUAUAUGAGUUAUAUAGGAACAAAUACUUCUAAAGUUAUCAGAUCAUAUUUCCUAGACUGUUAAAUUAUAAUUACCUGAUGACCCCAAGUGAUUAGGAGUCAUUUGAUUGUGACCUUGACCUACUUUCUUGUUUUUUUUUUAAGAUACAGCCUUGAAAUUUGGAUGACAGUUUUGCACACCAAAUUUAAAACUGACUUUCAGUGACCAUGAGUUUGACCUUCUGACCUACUUUCUAAUAUUUUAGCGUCAGUUUGCCAUUUGAAGCAUGUGGCUCAUAUUACUCAGGUGAGCGAUUCAGGGUCAUCGUGACCCUCUUGUUUCUAUUUUUGAUCUCCACUUUAGUUAAGUUGUGUUCCUUUUUAAGCUAAGAAACACUUAGGUUGCACCAUAACUGAUAAAUCCAUGUUGAAAUAUUAAAUAUUUUUAAACGGUUA